UGACCCAGGUUCCUGGACCCAGACUCCUGGACUCGGAUGAUUCAGAAAAUGAGGGAGAAGACCUGGCAAGCCCUGUUUCUCUUGAGCCCUCUCCCUCCCUGGCACCCACUCAAAGGGAGGAGGAGGGGCCGGCACGGCCUGAUUCUCCCGGGCCUUCUUCUGAUUUGGCAACGCCCCAAGAGCAGUUUUGGAGUGACGCAAGAUUACGAAGACUUGAUCGACGUGCGCAGCAGCGGAAGAGUUGGGACAAAGCCAAGUCAUAAUUGUCAUGCAGUGACAUCUGCAGAGACUAUAAAUAGGAGGCGGGACUUCCUGGUUUUUUGUCUUGGACAAAGCAAUGAAUUUGGCGCGAGCUAACUAUUUCAUGGAGGGAAGAAUAUAUUCGAACCAGAUGAAGUAUAAUGUGUGAAUAUUACUGACAUCAUGACAAGUGUUAGACAGAGAAGAGGAAUAAAAAACACCAAUGUUCCACAAGAUUGUCUGUCACAGGAGAAAAACUGGAAACUUAACGAGAAGAGCGUAGCUGGUGCAAAACUAUGGAAGAAGGUUUCACUUGUCGUUGGCGGAAUUGUGGGCCUUUUCCUGGGAAUACUGACAUCUGUUUACAUCUCCACGCUCCAUGAAAACGAUCUGUGGUUUUCAAAUAUCAAGGAAGUAGAACGGGAAAUUUCCUUCAGAACAGAAUGCGGUUUGUACUACUCCUACUACAAACAGAUGUUGGCAGCUCCAUCAAUUCAACAAGGUUUACACAGCUUGAUCUAUGACAAUAAAACUGAAUCCAUGAGAACCAUUAAUAUACUUGAAAGGAUGAAUGUUUAUCAAGAAGUAUUUCUUAGCAUGCUAUAUACAGUGCUUCAUUUGAAAAGAUUUUUAGAACCUGUUUAUUUUUACAUCUAUACACUGUUCAGCCUUCAAGCUGUGUAUGUCCUUGCCUUAUAUGUGACUAGUUGGCUUCUUAGCGGAACGUGGCUUUCAGGUGUAUUAGCUGCUGUCUGGUAUAUAGUCAACAGGGUAGAUACCACCCGAGUGGAGUUCACCAUCCCGCUAAGAGAAAACUGGGCACUGCCGUUCUUUGCCGUCCAGCUCGCUGCAAUUACGGUCCUUUUCAGACCACAUUUACGAUCUGCUCACGAAAGGUUGACGCUUCUAGCCGUGUUUAUUGCAACCUUCCUCUUAAGUUUGACCUGGCAAUUUAAUCAAUUCAUCCUGUUGAUCCAAGCAAUGGCUUUGUUCACCUUCGACUGCCUUGACAUGAUCCCUGAAGGAAAAGUUAUAUGGCUCUAUAUCGUACAGGUGGCCAGUCUGCUGAUGGUUUACCUCUUACAGUUCUUUAAUUCCAUGAUAAUUGGAUCAUUGCUUGUCAGCUUUAAUAUGUCGGCCUUGUUAGCAAGAAAACUUCAGAAUAACUUGAAAACCGGCGGCUUGUUAAGCAGAAUUGGGAAACUUCUCCUCCAUGUGCUUUUAGUGCUGUGCUUGACAUUCCUUGUAAAUAAUUUUAUUAAGAGAAUUUUAAAUCUGGAAUCUGAUGAGCACAUCUUCAAAUUCCUGAAAGCAAAAUUUGGAUUCGGAGCAACAAGAGAUUUUGAUGCUAACCUGUACUUGUGCGAAGAAGCGUUUGGUCUUUUGCCUUUUAAUACUUUCGCAAGACUUUCAGAUACCCUAGUUUUUUAUGCUUAUUUAUUUGUCCUGCUGAUCACCGCCACAACAGCUGCUGUUGCCUCUUUUCAAAACCUCAGUGGUCGUGCAAGUAUGAAAUCCGUGGAAAAAGAACCCACGUCCACCACCGUCUUCAAACCUGCUAUGGCUUACCAUUUGGUCCACACCAUUUCAUUUGGGCUCCUGGCCCUAAGCACCAUGAGGAUGAAAUAUCUCUGGACUUCCCACGUAUGUAUGUUUGCAGCUUCUGGCCUGUGCAAUGGUGACAUCUGGGGACUGGUUUUGAAAUGCGUUCAUCUUCACACACCCAAACGGGUAUCUGUGAUUAGAUAUUUAACACCAAUCCUCAUAUUGCUCUAUCUUUGUUAUAAGUUCCUGCCUGGAAUAAUGGCAGAGCUGUCAGAAUUGAGGGAAUUCUACGACCCGGAUACGGUGGAGCUAAUGAACUGGAUUAAGUCCAACACUCCCAAGAAAGCAGUGAUUGCAGGAAGCAUGCAGCUCUUAGCCGGGGUUAAGCUUUGCACUGGAAGAAUUUUAACCAAUCACCCCCACUAUGAAGACAAGAGUCUGCGAGAGAGAACAAAACAGGUUUAUCAGGUGUACGCCAAAAGAUCACCUGAAGAUGUCCAUAGGAUCCUCAGAUCUUUCGGCACCGACUUUGUGAUCUUGGAGGACAGCAUUUGUUAUGAAAGAAGGCACAGCAGGGGUUGUCGGUUGCGUGACCUUCUGGAUAUUGCCAAUGGCCAUACGAUGGAUGGUCCUGGAGAAAACGAUCCUGAUCUCAAACCUUCGCCGUUCCCUCGCUUCUGUGAGGAAAUCAAAAGAAAUCUGCCCUCAUAUACGACGUAUUUUACUAAAGUCUUUCACAACAAAACAUUCCACGUUUACAAACUGGCUCGACAUCAAAACAAGACAUAGCUUUGCUACAGCAGUAGCACAAAGCGCUGGUUUAUAAAAACGGCUUUUUUUUUUUAAAGGGAUUUUGUUUUAGAUUGGUUGAAAGCGUUUUAUUUUUAAUUACUCGGUAAUUCAAGAGCGUUCGCUUUUGUGACAUUUUACACAUCCCAUAAUGUAAGUUAUCAAAAACUAGUUGACAGAGGCCAUAUAGAUACAGAUAUAGAUAUACAUACAUAGAACGGAGAUCAUGAAAAGCACAUAUUUUGUAAAUUCUAUCCCAAUAUUCUAUGAUUUAAAAAAAAUAUAUCUAAAGAUGGGGAAGGUUCCCUUAUGCCAGUCCCUACUCAUCUACAUCCUAUGCCCUAAUGGGGAAAUCUUCUUUCCCCAUUUAGUCUUUAGGAAAUUCUGUCAGUUGGGUAUACUUGUGGGCAGUGGUGAAAUCCAAAUUUUUAUACUACCGGUUCUGUGGCUUGGUGGACGUGGUGUGGCUUGAUGGGCGUGGCAGGGGAAGGAUACUGCAAAAUCUCCAUUUCUACCCCACUCCAGGGGAAGGACACUGCAAAAUCCCCAUUCCCUCCCCACUCCUGGGGGAAGGAUAUUGCAAAAUCUCUAUUCCCACCCCACUCUGUGGCCAGCCAGAGGUGGUAUUUGCCAGUUCUCUGAACUACUCAAAAUUUCCACUACCGGUUCUCUAAACUGCUCAAAAUUUCCACUACCGGUUCUCCAGAACCUGUCAGAACCUGCUGGAUUUCACUCCCGCUUGUGGGUCUUUUAAGUUGGAAAUCUUUUUGACAUUUUACACUUCCUUAUCCUUGUUAAGGACUGAGAAUAGGAUGGGACUAUUUAGAGCAGUGUUUCUCAACCUUGGUAAAUUUUAAAAUGUGUAGACUUCAACUCCCAGAAUUCCCCUGGCUGCCAGGGGAAUUCUGGGAGUCGAAAUCCACAUGUCUUAAAGUUGACACGGUUGGGAAAGACUAUUGUAGAGGAAAAUUCAGUUCUCAACUGUGUCGGUUCCUUGGUCCAUUGAGCUAUUUUCAUCAAAGCUUUAGUAAGGGAGGUGUUAUUAACAAACUCUCAAUCCAGCAAAAAUUUUCAGGAACACCCAAGUGCUUGCGGUCACUGCACUCCUCCCCAUUUUCAGUGUCUGUGGUUCUUCAAACCAUGAUUACUAUCAGGGCUUUUUACACUGUAUUUCAAGUUUUAUUAGUAGCAGUUUGCUUUCUUUCCAUCCGUGCUUAAUUGUUGAUUUGUCUAGGCGUAGAAUGUUGUUAAUUGAGAUUUGGUAGAGUGCAGUAAAGUACAAUGACCUAUAUCUCAAGGAGUUAAAGAAAGUGUUGACAUGAAAGUGCUCCCAACUUGCUCUCUGAUAUAAAACCAUGUUCAGUUUACUGUAUUCCGCUUCCUACUCAUUUUGAGUGUGUUAACAUCCUAAGGAGGAUAAAGAAUACCAUAAAGAAUUAUCUUGGUUUUUAAUGGAAAAUAUAAUUUUGUGGUUCCAAAGACUCGUCCAUACGCCACUCAGAACAAAGCCUUUGUGAAUCAUGUACCUUAUAUUGAUGUACGAGAAGUUCAUAUUUGGACGCCUUUUGAAGUUGAAUGAAGACAUCAAUCUUAUGCCCUUGGUGGUCUCUGAGCUUGGUUGUUUUCCUACAGACAUUUAAUUGCCCAUCUAAGUAACUUCAUCAGUGCUUAUUACGGGAGUGGGAUUUUCUCUCUGUUUAUAUACAAGUAGCCGGUCCUGUCAAUGUUGGUAGGAGUGUUUUGGUGAUUCUUUGAUUAGGCUGUCGGUUUGUGUGACCUGGUAGUUCCUUGGCUGGGAUAUUGUUACUUAGUUAGGUAUAGAAAUGUCUACAAGAAAAUGAACAAGAAUACAGCAAGGACAACCAUAGUGCAACUACAGAUAUUCUCUUCUGUUUGUACCCAGCG